AUGGGGACUACAACUGAAGCCUCUGCUGGAGGUGAGUCGAAGUCCCCCAAGCAGUCCAACAGCUCUCCUCGACCUGAUACCACGACCGACGCCAGGGCAGCCGAUCCACCCGUCAAGACAGAGGCUGCCAAUGCCGAACAAGCCAAACCCCUUGCGCCUCCUCCUCGACCCGGCCAACAACAAGGCAACACUCCUGACUACUUCGCGGUCCAGGCCGGCGGAUCUCUCAGUCUGGAGCCCAAUCCAUUCGAGCAGUCCUUCGGGGGCGCUCCAGAGACACCAGGAGGAACAAAGCUGCCUUCAGUUGCUGCAUUGACAUCACCAUCUUCACUACUACCCGGAAGCAACGCGACACCAUUCAACUGGGGAGGUGGCUCAUUGCGUACUGGUCCUCUAAGCCCUGCAAUGCUUUCCGGUCCAGCGAACGAUUACUUUGGCGAUACACAUCAUCUACGUGGCGGAUUUCCUACUCCCAACGAGUCCUCGUUGAGGACAGGGUUAACACCAGGUGGCAGUGGUUCUAUGUUCCCUGCCCCAAGUCCUAAUUCUCAAGCACUUUUUGCCCAACUUGCCAGUGGAGGAGCCACACCUAGCACUCUUGAUUUCCACAGAACUGCUAUCAGUGCCGCCGCUAAACGCGAUCAGAACGGUGCUGUUCCGCGAUCCCAAGCACAAUCAGCCUCCCAACCCCAGCAACCUCCUCAGCAACCUUCUGUCACUUCUCAACCCCAGGAAAUGCCAAACGGUGCUUCCAACAUCAAAACCGAAGCGAAGCCUGCGUCGGGCCCCUUCGACCCUCACGAUAACGACGCUGCAAACGGCCUCUUCAUGCUGGCCCAGGGUAGAAACGGUGCUCAGAACGGAAACCAAUUCGCUGUGACGUCAGGUGCUUCUGGUCACGCACACCCUGCCCCUGUUGCGCCUCAGAACAUGAACACUUCACCACAAAUGUCAAGUAUCAACGGCGGCUCUGUCGGCUCCGGUCGCGGUAUGAGCGAGGGCAGCAUGAUGUCGGAUGAGAGUGAGCAAGCUCGUCCCAACACUCGAGGUCGUGGCAAGAAGAACCCUCCCGCGACCAAUGGUCGAAGGAAGGCCGACGAACCUCCAUCAAAGACACCUGCCCACAAGAAGUCAAAGACGAAUUCUAUGGACAUGGACAUGGAUAUGAUGUCUGAUGACGAAUCUAAGAUGAAGUAUGAAGAUGGUAGCGGAAAGUCAAAGAUGACUGAUGAGGAGAAGCGAAAGAACUUCCUUGAGCGCAACCGCGUUGCGGCUCUCAAAUGUCGCCAAAGGAAGAAGCAGUGGCUGGCUAAUCUCCAGACCAAGGUCGAGAUGUUCAGCACUGAGAACGAUGCUCUGACGGCACAGAUUACCCAGCUAAGGGAGGAAGUCGUCAACCUGAAAACCCUCCUUCUUGCUCAUAAGGACUGCCCUGUAACCCAGCAACAAGGGAUACACGGCGCUUUUAUGUCACAGGUUGUGGAGCCUUACAACCCCCAAAUGAAUCCUUAUGGCAUGGCAGCACCCAUGUCCAACCAGCAAGUCAUGGCUGGGCAAGGUGUCCAGAGGCGAUUCUCAUAG